UCUUCAUGGUGGUAUUUUGACCGCAGCCGAUUGUUUACUUUCAGAUGUCAUAUCACACACAAAUUGAUAGCGAGCCAUUGUUGCAGCCAUAUCUUGUAAUUGAAGCGAUUUGUGAUUAAAAAUAGUUUUGUCGUCGUUGUUUUCGUGGAAAUCACUAUGAAUAAAAGUUUCAAAUUCAUUCAAAAAAGCGGAUCAAAUAUAAUUCUUACUUGUAUCGCCACCGUGAUCGUUUGGAACAUGAAAACCAGAUAGAUGACGGUGCCGGUCCUAGUGGAACUUCCAAUGUAGCUGAACAAGGUAUGAAUUCUUCACAAGGCAGUGAUGCACUUGCACAGGAUAAUAUCGUCGGUGAAACUUUCUACGAAGGGGAAGCUGCUUAUCUAUCAGAAGCCGAUGAUGAUGUAAUCGACUAUUUAAUGGAAAGUUCGGAUGAUGAUAUAGAUCCAGCAGCAUCAGAUGACCCAUCCUCUGCUGAAGAUGCUUUGCGUCAAUGGGCAAUAUCAACAAACCAAACAUACGACUCGAUUGCCCAAGUGAUGGAUAUAGUUCGAAAAGUGAGUUCCUGUAACCUACCUAAAGACGCUAGAACCCUACUAAAAAUCAAUCGAAAUAUUUCGGUUGAUAUCCUGACGGUAGAAGGUGGUCAGUACUGGUAUUAUGGAGUGCAGAAAUGUCUCACGAACAAGCUAAGUGAUACAUCUCUGAAUUCGGACACCACACUCUUGCUUAAUGUAUCCAUCGAUGGUUUGCCGAUAUUUAAAAGCAACAAUUUACAAUUCUGGCCGAUUUUAAUAAAUAUUCAUAACAUGCCAGAAAUUCCUGUUAUGAUUGUUUCAACUCACAGCGGAACAAAAAAACCUAGAAUCGAAUGUUUUUUAAAGCAGUUCAUCGAAGAAAUAAACCUAUUAACUAACAAUGGGGUACAAAUCAACGGCGUGAGAGUUGAUGUUGUGGUACGCGCCAUAAUUGCCGAUUCACCAGCACGGGCGUUUAUAAAAGGUGUCGCCAACUUCAAUUCAUUUGAUGGUUGUUUGAAAUGCACUACCAAAGGUGUCAAAAUGCAAGGAAGAACAACUUUCCUUGAUUGUAGCGCACCAAAAAGAACCGAUAGACAUUUUAGAAAGCGGAAGUAUGGUGGUCAUCAUAAACUUGACUCGCCACUACUUUUUUUAAUAUUUUUGAUCUUGUGAAGCAAAUAAUAGUUCGUGAUCAACUACAUUUGAUAGAUCUUGGUGUCACCAAACGGAUAUUGAACGGAUAUUGUUGUUUGGUAAAUUUGGGUUUAAAAAAAAUUUUCGUAUGCUGAAAUAACGACAAUAUCUGGUAUGUUAAUGACAAUCCAAUUGCCAAUAGAAAUCCAUAGAAAAUUUCGAUCGUUAACACGAUGUGAAUCACUGGAAAGGCUCAGAGUUUUCAUCAUUUUUAUACUAUGCAAGUUUUUCGGUGUUGAAAAACAUCAUGAGUGAUGAACAGCACAAACAUUAUAUGUUGUAUUUCUGUAGUAUAACAUUAUUCUCCUCGAACAUCUACAAAGGACAUUGGCCGCUUGCUAAUAAUUUAAUUACUCUUUUUGUAAAAAAGUAUGUUGAUGUUUACGGACCACAGUUUAUCUCGAGCAACGUUCACAAUUUCACACACAUAUUCGAAGAAGUAGAUGAAUUUGGUCCACUGCGGACGUUAUCUUCUUAUUUAUUAGAAAAUGCUCUACAACACAUAAAAAAAUAGUUGCGUAACGGAUGGAAGAGCUUGGAACAAGUAAUUAAUAGAAUUACAGAACAAGAAGCGUAUUAUGUCCAUAAAAAAGAUGAUAUUUCAAGUUAAUGCGCGAUUGUUACAUUUCUGUAUCGUUUCAAUUUCAAACAUAGUUGGUCAAUAUUUGCGGUUAAGCAAGUUAGAGGUUUUUCUUCACGUUUUACCGUGUUGAAUUGGAUUUGUUUGUUACGCAGUAGUCUAGACCAUUUGUAGGGCAACAGCCGACCACCGUGAAACGGGGGUUGAAGUUGUUAAGGGUAACUUCAGACCUUUCAACCAUGAGAGCAGGCAGACUUAAUAGAAGUGUAAUGAGUUCGGACGAUAGCUACGGUCGCCAUGUAAUGCGAUGAUCGUACAACUGUACUUCGAGUAUCGUC